GUUAGUUUGUCACGAACAGAUAGUGCCAGUGUCGUCUGUUUUAAAGGUAGGACCUGUGCCUCAUUAGAUUGCUAGAGGAACGAAAACUUUGAAAAAUGGGCAAAGGUCGGAAAAAAAAUCGAAAUACAGACAAAAAGCAAUCAAAGAAGACUCAAGGGAAUUUGCAAUCUACUCCUCUGCAAAAGUCUCCUCAAAGUCCAAAUGUGACAGAAUCCAAUGUCAAAAAGGAAUCAAAGAAGACUCAAGAGAAUUUGCAAUCUACUCCUCCGCAAAGGUCCCCUCAAAGUCCAAAUGUGACAGAAUCAAUUCAAGAAGAGGAAUCAAAUGUAAAGGGAACGGAUAUCGUUCUUUUGCAAGAAGGUGAACCCAGGAAACUGUACCAAGGUCAAAUUGAAAUAGAUGGAGAAGAACACGAUAUUCUUAGUUUCAUCUUGCACAGUCUUUGGGCAAUGAUAUGCCUCAUUGCCGCAAUACACAUUGUCAUUAUGGUAACGACAGACGGCUUGCUCAGCAUUGAUUUCGGUGAAACUAGGUGGACAAUUGGGAUUAUCUUAUGCAUAGUGUUUUUAAUGACAGUUGCAAGUACCUUGCUUGCCAUGAUAAAAUUGCCUGACUUUCUAGAGUAUAUCUUUAGAUGUGCAAGCGUAAUCAACUUCUUCGUUAUUGUUGCUUUCACGGCCAAUAUUCUUUUUAGAAUCAACUUGUAUCUUAUCACCUCUGACGAAGCAUGUGUGAAGAUAGCGUGCUGGAUAUGCACCAUAUGGGUGACAUCAGUUACAAGCAUGGCACUCACUUUUUUAUUAAUGAGAGAUACGUUCAAUUUAAAGAUGCAAGUACUUGAGUUUUACGAAUUCAUUACCAAAUAUGCGCUCUCGUUCUACUUCUUCAUAAAUCUACUGAAAUUUGUCGCUCGUAGUUACGAUAACAUCUAUUUCGGUAUCAAAUACGAAGAAACAUUUUGGAAAUUUGUGAAUGGAUUGUGCUACAUCGUAAUAACAGUUGUAUGUAUCUGUUGUGCCUUGUUCUAUCAAUAUAUUGAUUGGUGAAGAUAUUGAAUCUGCUGCAUAAUCUGGAGAAAAAUUUCAGACUAAAUCGGAUCACAAAUUGGACUUUUGACAGAUACCAGUGUUUUUAGUUGCCAAUAGCUUUGAUGGUUUUAUAAGACUGCGAUCAUCAUCACACUCGAUUUGCUGAUGAUCGCUGCACUAUUUUUAAAUGUUUAUAUUGGAUU